ACAAUAACUUUAUAAUAACCGACAGUGAGGUGAUCACAACACUUGGUUUGUGCAUGUGCACGAUCCUCACUGUGCAGAACCAGGAGAGUAAACCUGGGAAGGUGUAGGACCCAGCAGACCUCCAGCCCCCGGCUUCACCUGUUCGCCUUCACGUGUCUCCCCCUUCCUCGCACUUGGGAUUUCUUGCAUCGCUCCUCGGUGAUGAGCACCUCCCUGCAGCCUGCAGCCAUGCCUUCGUCCGUGCGCUGCAGCCUCCUGAUCCUCUGCGCGUCCCUCGCCGGAGCCUCCCUGGCGGAGAUCGUGUUCCGCUGCCCGGGCUGCACCGCGGAGCGUCAGGCGCUGUGCCCGACGCUCACCGAGACCUGCGCGGAGAUCGUGCGCGAACCGGGCUGCGGGUGCUGCCCCGUGUGCGCCCGGCAAGAGGGCGAGAUGUGCGGCGUGUACACCCCGAGGUGCGCCACCGGGCUGCGGUGCUACCCGACGCCCGACUCGGAGCUUCCCCUGGAGCAACUGGUGCAGGGCGAGGGGCAGUGCCGGCGCAAAGUGGACCCGGAGACCAGCACCCACAGCCAGGAGCACCGGGAGCAAACCAGCG